AUGUCGGAGCCCGAAGAAGAGCUGCAGGGAGAGAACAGAGAGAGCACCAAAAAGAAGAAGAAAGAAAAACGGAGCGGGAAGAAGAAGAAGAAGAAAGAAGAGGAAGAGGAGGAGGAAGAGGAGCAGAGUGAGUGUGUCAUUCUCCGUGGGAUCUUCAAACUGGGGAAGAAGAGUCACGACGUCUUGCUCACCCGAACUAAACUGACCUGGACCCCCAUCCUGCCGGAGACCCCCACAGCUGGUGAGGUGUGUGUGGUGCAGCCAGAUAUGGUGCUGCUGCAGGAUGUGUUUGCUGUGAAGGUGAAGCGGAGGCGAGCGGUGGGCCAGCAGUCGGGCGGACCGGUGCUGGGCAUGGCGCUGUUCUGCUGCAACAGGAGAGGAAGGAGGCUGGAGGAGGAGACACUGCACCUCCACAAUGCCUCCUCUGAACACACACACACCUGGUACAACACCCUGAAGGAGCUGCUCACAGGGUUCAGCAGUCGUCCCAGGUAUCUGAAGGUGUUCAUCAACCCCAGCAGCCAUAAGAAGGAGGCGGUUCACAUCUACAGAGAACAUGUGGCUCCACUCUUCAAGAUGGCCGAGGUCCGCACUGACAUCACUGUGACAGAGAGGAAGGGCCACGCUCUCUCAGUGAUGAAGGAAUGCAAGCUGGAUGAAUAUGAUGGGGUGGUGUGUGUUGGUGGGGACGGUUCAGUGGCAGAGCUGUGCCACGCUCUGGUCCUCAGGGCUCAGCUGGAUGCUGACUCUCCAGAGAAACCAGUGAAACCAGUGCUGCCACUGGGAAUUAUUCCUGCUGGUUCUACAGAUGUGGUUUCCUGUUCUGUUCAUGGAGUCAGAGAUCCAGUCACUGCAGCUCUACACAUCGUUCUCGGUCACCUGCAGCAGGUGGACAUGUGCAGCUUCUCCUCUCUCGGUCAGCUGGUGCGUUUCGGUUUCUCUGCCAUGUUUGGUUUCGGCGGGCGGAGCUUAGCGCGGGCGGAGAAGAAGAGGUGGAUGCCAUCGUCACGGCGACGAGAGUACGCUCUGGUGAAGACUCUGGCUAGGCUGAGACCAGAGGACUGUCAGCUGUCUUUUCUACCAGACCAGGACCAGGACCAGGCCCCAGAGUCAGAGGGGGAGGAAUCCUGGACCACCAAUCAGGGCUUGUAUCUGAGCAUCAGCAUCAUGUCUAUCCCCUGUCUGAGUCCACACACGCCUCAAGGACUGGCUCCUAACACCAGAUUAGCCAAUGGUAGCGCGGCGCUGAUCUCUGUAGGAGACACUUCCAGGUCAGAGUUCAUCAAACACCUGAAGAGAUACAGCAGCUCUAGUGGACAGUUCAGUUUCUCCUUCGUGGAGACACACGCUGUGUCAGCAGUGAGGAUCCGCCCCCGCUCUCUGAUUGGCUGGUCUGAAGAGGACAGUGAGGACGAGGGUGAAUCUAAAACUACACCCAUCAUCCAAUCGCAGGGAGCCGUUUUUCCCUGGAACAUAGACGGGGAGCUGGUGGAGAUCUCUAAUGAAGUUGUUGUCAGGGUCCACCCACGGCUCAUCACUCUGUACGGAGAGGAGGUGGACGAAGCGGAGUCCAACGUCUCCUGCAGCUGCAUCUGA